ACUAAGUUUACUAUUAGAAAUGUAGGCUAAUUGUGGGUCUCAACUGUAAUACUUAUCACCCAGAAUUAGCUAUUGUUGUUGAAAGCACAGCCGCCACCUUCGAAAUCGAUGUAUUGAGGUGCUGAUAGGCAGUAUAAGUGACCGCAUAGGCGUGGAAGUAGUGACGGAAGGCAUCGGUCAUAAUCGGCUUCACCAUUUCUCAGCGUAUUAGUCACAGUAACUGGGGUUCAAAGCAAAACAAAUUAGAUUUGCAUAUUAUUGUUGGAAAUCAAUAAUAAUUAAAUACUAUGUCCAUGGAUGUGGAUGCGGAGAAAGCCAAGCAGGCACCAGCAUUCGAUGAUGUCGAUUUUAGCAGCGGCUUCGAGACGCAAUACCUUCAGGAAUAUCGCCCUUCGAAGGUGGUGCGCCCGGCACCGCCCGAUCCAAGUUUGGCUUGGUAUCGAGAUACUGCAACGGUGAUGGUGGUCUGCUUUCUCUUCGUGGUACUCAUGGCUGGCUCAGUGGCGCUGAUUCAUUCGAUUUUCUCCGCUGAUCCCACAACCAUAGUCCUACUAUUGUUGGGAUAUUUUGUCUUGGCGCUCAUUUUCAUUUGGUUCGAAGUGUUCAGCAAGAAUUUGCGUUGAGUAUAAAAUUAUUGAAAUUGUUAUUGAUUAUAGAAUUGUUACGUGAAAAAACUAUGCAGUGCUAAAUUGUGUAAAUACCAAAUAUAAGUGUA